UGUUUGCUGUGCGUUUCUUUUUCGUGUUGCUGCGUAUUGCUUGCGACCGAUGGGUGGGAUGGAUUGACACGUCAGGCACGUCAGGCACGUCAGACACGUCAGACACACUGUCACUCACGUCAAUCAAGGCUACACGACUAUGCCGGUCAUCGGCUUGAGGAAGUGGGAGGGGUGGUGCUCGUCGCCCAGCUCUAUGCGCAGCAGAGGGGGCAACCUGACACACACACACACACACACAGGGACACACACCCCGACACACAGUGCGCAGGCUGGCACAUGAGUGAGCCAGCCGUCUUGACGCACCUGUUGUCGAGUGGUCUGGGUGGCAAGUGGUAGUCCUCCCCCAUUACAAGGUGCCACAAGAACUCAAACACAAAACAAUGAGACGACCUGACCACCCCCCGCCAUCCCGCCAUCACACACCCCACACACACAAGAACAGACACAGUGAACAAAUCAUCUCAUCUAGACAGCCAGCCCCCCACAGCCCACCCCACCUGUCCGGCAGUCCUUUCUCGACGCAUGUGUCUCGUAUGGACCCGUCCACCAUGGUGGCCAUGUGCCGAUAGAAGGAGGGGGGCCGCUGCGUCAGCCGCUCCCUCGACACCACAAACUGCGCGCAGCAGUAGGUGCUCAGGAUCUUAUCCUUAUCCGGCGGCUUGUCGAACAAGACCCUGCUCAGAACGAACAUAACAUGCCCACCAUCACCAUUGAAUGCAGUCAGGUCAGCGUGUCCCAACCAGUGCUUGCCUACUCAAAGGUGGACUCCAUGCAGGGCGUGACCGUCUCAAGGUGCCUGACACAACACACACAACACAUCCAAUCCACCUCCGGGCACCUCCCCACACACAUCCACUCGUUCGCACCUGUGUGUGUUGAGGUGAAAGAACGGCACCUCCCAGGUCCCCUGCUGCAUGGCCGCCAGCACACUCGCCAGCAGCGCAACCCUCAAAUGAUUCGGCGCGUCGCCCUGCAGCAUGACCAAGUAGUCACUCAACGGAAACAUCCCGCCCCCGUCCCUCUCCCCCUCCCCCCCUCCCAGCACACUAUUGAUGUGCGUCAGGUAGGCCGUGCACUCGUCGCCCCGCACAGUGCCGUCCGAGAGGGGGAUGACUGUGAGCGAUGCCACGUGCUGGCGGAGGUCUGAGAGGAGGGUGGUGUUGAGGCCGUAGGUGGCGAGGUUGGCCGGGGGUGGCUCGGUGGGAGAGAUUGGUAUGGGGGCGGAGGACGGCCUCCUGCAUCACACAGCACAGCACAGCACAGCCAUCCAUGGGAGGGAGAGCUGUGGGCAAGGUCUCUCUCUCUCUCUCUGCUGCAUGUGUGGUUUGGUUUUUAGCCACCCUUCUGGUGCGCCGUGGUCGGUGCUGGUGCUGCACUUGGCGUACAGGUAGAUGUGGCUCUCCACCGGCCACCUCGUGAAGUCCAUCGCAUGACUCGCCAGCCACUCCAGCCCCUCCAUGCAAUGGCACACCACCACAGACACCGAAGCCGACCUCUGCCCUUUGCUCCUUCUCUCGUCAAUCAGCCUCUCCACCCUCUCCACAGCCUCUCUCAGCGGCCACACGCGCACCAGCACAUCCUGGUGCUCCACAGACACCUCCCUCUCCCUCAGCAGCCGCAAGCCCUCCGCAUACACACCGGCAACAACGUCCAGCGGCUCGGUCAGCAGCAGCGCCUCGGCAGCCAGCAGGUGCGCAAACACUAUCAGCCCGGGACACUCGGCCACGAACUGAGAGCGGAAGUCUGGCGGGAUGCGCAGGAGAAAGAAGGCCCCGCGGAUGGGCGGCGGGCUGGUCUGUGUGGUGGCAUGUGUGCCAUGUGUAUGUGUGGCGUAGAAGGCUUUGAUCUUGGCUUGGAAGGCCGCCGCGUUGAGGCGGAACUCGUAGCACUGCUCGUCCACACACCAGGCCAGACUGUACUCGGAGAAGCACUGAUGCGCACCGAUCGGCCAGGCGUGGAUGAGCCACAGACAGACGAGAGAUAACCAGAUCCACUGCUCCAUUCGCCAGAUCUCUCC